AUGACAAUAACUGAUCAGCGAUCCCGAUGUCCCAUCUCUGAUCAUACUUGUCCAAUAACCUGUAUGAGGCUUGAAAAAUUUGUGAUCCUUUGCUUACCUAUUAUACAAUUGCAGGAAAAACACUACAGUCGAGUCCUGGCCUUGCUAUUUGCUGUUGAGGAGAUCAACAAGGACCCUAAUUUGUUACCCAAUAUUACUCUUGGAUUCCACAUUUAUAACACCCAACCCAAUGAGUUCAGCACAUUGGAGAGCUCCUUAAUGUGGCUGUCAGGACAAGGACUGACUCCAAAUUACCUCUGUGAGAAACAAGCCCAGUCUGUGGCUGUCAUUGGAGGAGAAACUUCUGAAUUAUCAAUCCAAAUAAAUACCCUUCUUAAUCUCUACAAGUUCCCACAGAUCAGCUAUGGACCAUUUGAUCCUUUCCUGAGUAACAAGGUUAAUUUUCCAAGUGUUUAUCAACUGGCAUCCAAGGAUUCCGGCCUUGCUCUGGGAAUGGUCCGAUUAAUGGUACAUUUCUACUGGACAUGGGUGGGACUGGUUAUAGUAGAUAAUACCAGGGGGGAAACUUUCCUUUGGGAUAUAAGAGAAAAGAUGACCAGGAAGGGUGUCUGUGAAGCUUUUGUAGAGAAGAUUCCUACCAGUGAUAAAUACAUAAAUUCCCUUGGAGAUACCAUGCGAAGAAUUAAUCAGUCUUCUGCUAAUGUAAUCAUUAUUUAUGGAGAUACUAAUUUACUAAUGACUCUGAAAUAUGUUAAAGGACAUUAUGUAAUUUGUAACAAAGUGUGGAUUACCACCUUUCACUGGGAUUUUGUCAUAAGACCCCAUGGCAUGGAUGUUAAAAGUUUCGAUAGAGCUCUGGUAUUUUCAGAUAAAAAAAAAGACAUUCCAGGUUUCAAACAUUUUCUAAGGACACUUAAACCUUCCAAAUACCCAGAAGAUACUUUCCUUAAAAGAUUUUGGAACUCAGUUUUUCGAUGUUCACUUGACUACAAAAUAUCGGGGCCAAAGCAUUGUUUACAAAAUACUUCUUUAGAGAUGGUGUCUAUUAGGUAUUUUGAAAUGUCUAUGUCUAGCCAAAGUUACACUAUCUACAAUGCUGUGUAUGCUGUGGCCUGGGCUCUCCAUAAAAUACUCUUAACUAGAUCAGAAAUGGAAUACUUGAGAGAUGAAGACAGCCUAGUUCUACGUCCAUGGCAGCUGCACUCUGUUCUUAGGAACAUCCAAUUUAACAACACUGUCGGUGACCAGGUGUUCAUGGAUGAGAAAAGGAUUGCUGCGAGAAACUAUGAUAUUACUAAUUUUGCAAUCUUUGAUAAUGGUACCGAAGUUCUGGUAAAAGUGGGAGAGUUUAUUCCUCAUGCUCCAUUUGGUGAAGAUCUUUCCAUCCAUGAGAAUAUGAUCAUGUGGAACCAAUUGUAUCUAAAGAUUCCCCAUUCUGCGUGCACUGAGAAGUGUGGCUUGGGAUUUCAGAAAUCUGCCCGUGAGGGCAUGGCCAUCUGUUGCUUUGAUUGUAUCCCUUGCCCAGAGGGGGAUAUUUCCAACAAGACUGAUAUGAACCAGUGUAUCAUGUGUCCUGAAAAUGAAUAUUCCAAUAAGGAGAAAAAUCUCUGCCUGCCAAAGAUGGUGACCUUUCUAGUCUAUGAGGAACCGCUGGGAAUUACUCUGACCUUCACAGCUCUGGCCUUCUGUGUCCUGACAGUUCUGAUCAUUGGGGUAUUUGUGAAGCAUAAGGACACCCCCAUAGUGAAAGCCAAUAAUAGAACUCUCAGCUAUACCUUACUCCUCUCCCUAAGCCAAUGUUUCUUGUCUUCCUUGCUCUUCAUUGGUAAGCCCAAUUCAAUUACAUGUCUCCUUCAACAGACAAUAUUUGGAAUCACAUUCACAAUAGCCAUCUCCACCAUUUUGGCUAAAACCAUCACAGUAGUUCUAGUCUUCAAAGCCAUAAGACCAGGGAGCAGAAGCAGAAAAUGGAUUGGCUCCAAAACACCCAUUUCUAUUAUGCUUAUCUGCUCUUUGAUCCAAGUGAUUCUCUGUGGUAUCUGGCUGUUGGUUUCUCCCCCAUUCCCAGAUGCAGAUCCACACUCAGAGCCUGAAUACAUCACCCUACAGUGCAACAUAGGUUCUCUCAUUGCGUUCUACUUUGUCCUGGGCUACAUGGGAUUCCUGGCCCUGGUAAGUUUCUCUGUGGCUUUUUUGGCCAGAAAUCUCCCUGAUACCUUUAAUGAAACAAAAUUUAUCACAUUCAGCAUGCUAGUAUUCUGCAGUGUCUGGAUCUCCUUUUUGCCCACUUACCAAAGCACCAAGGGGAAAACUAUGGUAGCUGUAGAAGUCUUUUCCAUCUUGAGCUCUAGUGUUGGGUUACUGGGCUGCAUCUUCUUUCCCAAAUGUUAUGUGAUCCUUCUGAGGCCACAGUGGAACACCCACGAAUGGGUAAAUCAUAAAUCCUAUGACAGCAGAAGACAUCAUUCUAAAGCAUUUCCUUAUGUAUCAUAG